UCGCCGGCGGCCGCAGCGCCGCCGCACGACUCGUCGCCGGUUCAGGCGCGGCUGGAGCUCGUGGCGCGCGAGCUCGGUCUCUCAAGCGCGCGCUUUUGCCGCACGCCGCAAGAUUAUUACGAGCACGAGCUCGAGUGGCGACGGGACGUCCUCGGCGCCUGCUCCACUGCGGCCCUCUGCAAGUCGAUGAUUAUGGAAAACACGCGCCUCUCCGGCGUGAGCGCGGCGGAGGCGGCGGGCUUGGGCCGGUACAAGCGCGUGUGCGUUGUGCUUCAGUACGAUGGCCCAAAGCUGGACAAGCACAAGCUGACCGACGUGGUUCGCGGCCUCGAGGGGAGGCACGCCGCCGCGAAGAGGCAGUACAGCUUGCGGAUGGUCUCGGGAGAGGAGAGCCUGGCGCUUUCUGGCUUUGAGCACAACGCAGUGACGCCGCUCGGCAUGGCGACGCCGAUGCCGCUGCUUGUUUCUGAGCGGCUGCGUGGUUUGGCCGAUGGCACGGCGUGGCUGGGCGGUGGCGAGCCGGACUUGAAGCUGCGCGUCGACAUCAGACAGUUCGUG